CAUCUACGUCGAAGAGGACGUUCCACGUCUAUCAAUUGGUCGACAACACAGACGCGGUCAACGCCUUUUCCACUUAGCUUUUCAAUCUUCACACUCAACGAUCGAUUCUGAAAGCCGUGUCGCGAGUGACAAUUGAGGAUAGCCAGCCAGGGUGAUGCAGAAUUUCCUCGUCAUAGCCGCAACCGGCACCGUCGGGCGUCCUCUGACGCACAAGCUGCUGGCGAUAGGCCACUGCGUACAUGUGCUGACCACUCAUCCAGACUCGGAGCGCGCACUUGAGCUCGCACGUGCAGGCGCGAAGAUUUUUCGAGGCGCUCUGGACGACAAAGCUGCCAUUGCCGCCGCCGCCGCCACCUGCACUGGCGUGUAUCUGAAUCCUACCCCUGCAUCCUUAGCCGAUCACCACUUGGAAGUCACGUACGCGCAGAACAUCAUUGAAGCAUCGCGAGCGGCGGGUAUACGCUUUUGUGUGUUUCAAUCGGUGCAAAAUACGCACAGCAUCGCGACCAUGCCCGAAUGGCAAGAGUGGAUUAGCAGCGCAGGCGUCGUGGCCGACUACUGGAAUAGGAAAAUGAGUAUACAAGAAACUGUCAGGACAGCUGGUUUUGACUGUUGGGCAGCCAUACAAGGUUCAAUGCACUUCUCAAACUUCGGUGCUCGAUAUCUUGCGAUGUCAUUUCCUGGAGUGCGCGAUCAUCCCGUCGGCACACUCAGCUUCCCGGUACAAGUAGACACCGUCCUGGAUCUAGUCGACCCUGUCGAUCUGGCAGAGAUAGCGACACGCGUGCUCUUGGAUCCACAUACUUUCAAUGGCUUGGCCUUCAACGCUGUCGGCGAGAAAAUGACGCUGGCACAAAUUGCCGCCGUCAUUGCCAAGCAUGCGAACAAGCCAAUGCGUGCCGAGCACCCCGAUCCGGAAAGUGUGAAGGCCAAGCGGGCCACAGACCUGCAAGCUGGCAACGGCGAGGUUUUGGCCAUCUUUGCAAACCGCACAGACAUUAGUGUGUGUCAAGCGCUUGGCAUCGAAUUCAACACCCUUGAUAAAUUUCUCGAGAAAAGGCAAGACGAACUGCGAGAGGUCGUCGCAUAGCGCAUUUCAAAGUUCUUUGUCAGGUACGUCAAUUGCGGGAACAAACCGUGCCAUACAAAUGUGAACACCGCGUGGUCUACACUUUCAACAGAAUUGUUCCUCCGCAAAGUACUGUACUGUACAGUACUUUUGUCCACCACGCCGUUCCGGCCGGGCACAGCGUUAUCCGACAUUGAUGAGUUGAUGUGUCAUGGCAAUCGAACUAUGACCAUAUCUCAGAUGUAAUAAACUUGUCGACCAGACUAUUUUACAGAAAAUAGGUGCUCUAAGAGAACCCAGAUCCAUUCCACUGUUGCUUGGAGUAAUCAAUGAUCUGCGCC